GUCUUUCUUGGGCUGUGAAAACCGUCUUACCUCGGAAUCUUGGUCAGAGAGAGAGAGAGAGAGUCCGAGUGCCCUCCUGAGCUGUUUUACCUUGAAAACGCUCGUCCUAUCGCCCCAAGCUCCUUUGCCAUCCUCCAUACCCUGAGAAACAUUUGCAACAGAGUCGAGAUGGGCAUCCCAGCAAACAUGAAGACGGUGUUGAUCACCGGCUGCACCCCGGGGGGAAUCGGCCACGCCUUGGCCAAGGAGUUUCAUGGCAAAGGACUCCACGUCAUCGCAACAGCCCGUCGGCCCGAAGUGCUCAAAGACUUGAGCGACCUUGGCUUGACGACCCUCCCGCUUGAUGUGACCAACGCCGAGAGCAUCGCCGCCUGCAAGAAGAAUGUUACAGAGCUGACGGGAGGUCGUCUCGACUUUCUCGUCAACAACGCUGGCCUGACCCACACCGUACCGGCUACCGAUAUCGACAUGGACGAGGUUCGACAGACAUUUGAGACGAACGUGUUCGGUGUCAUGGCCAUGGUCCAGGCUUUUGUACCCCUGUUGAUCCCAGCUCGAGGCCUCAUCAUCAUGAUCAGCAGCCUUUCUUCCAUCUCGCCCUACGUCUUCGGUUCCGUGUACACGGCGACCAAAGGAGCCCUGAACUCCUACAGCCGCACUCUUCGCCAAGAGUUGCGUCCUUUUGGCGUCCGUGUCAUGGUUUCCAUGACCGGAACCGUCAAGAGCCAGAUCGCCAAGCUCAACCGCGAGCUGCCGCCCAAUUCCCUCUAUGCUCGGGCCAAAGACGUGUACGUCAGGCGGCUGACGUUUUCUCAAAACAACGCGACUGUCUCAACCGAGGAGUUUGCCCAGCAACUUGUCGCGGAGGCCUUGAAAGGCGAAGGUUGGCUGGGCGGCUGGCUUGGUGGUGCCAGAAACUGGUUCUGGGCCGGCGGUAUGGCUGGAACAGUCUGGUUUGUUAGGCUGUUCUUUGGGGAGUGGUUGUUGGAUGAGCUCUCCUACAGAAAGUUUGAACUGCCCAAACUCGAAGCAAUUGUCAAAAAGGAGGGAGUGAAACGGUCGGACUAGCCUUCCUUGAUAGCCAUGUCUUCAACUAUGGUAACCCUUGUUGCUAAGCAAUCUAUGUGUUUUCCGACAAACCGUUCGUUGGCUUUCACCGGUUC